AUGGCGUCCCAGAAUCUUUUUGCAAUAUUUAGAUGUUGUCUUUUGAAUCAAAGCCCUGUCAUGUAUUCUUCAGUUCGAUUCAGGCUUGUAGGCAAAAAGGAGAAAAUGGCAAGCAAGGCCAUGAAAUGGGCACAGCCUUUACGAGAAGAGCUGAUGUUAAACAAGUCUGAAACAGCUGCUCCUGUAGAACCUUCUAUGUUACACAUGGUAACUCGAGUAAAAACUUUGAAGGGCAGACCCCAAAAAGAAAAGUCUACGAUGUUCGCUCUCAAUCUUACCGGUCCUCAAGACCAAAAAGUUGUGCUGAAAAACACACCAAGCGUUAACAAAAUGUUAAAUAAAGUAAAACAUCUGAUAAAGAUAACACCGAUAACUUUCCCAAAUGGUUAUCCAGAAGAAAAAGACUUUGAAUACUGUUUACUCAAAGACAAUGGUGAGUUCAUAAUUCGCAAAGAAAUACAACCAAUUGAGAAGAAUGUUAUACCUGACACAGUGCCAGCUGAGAAACAAAGACUAGUUAUGGACAAAAAGACGCUUGAAAGACAUCUACUUCUACAUCUUCGCCAUUAUCGCUUAAACAUGGAAUAUUUUCCUGCUAAAUAUGUGUACAAAUAUAACCAGGAUGGUAAAGAAUAUCGAUACCGUAAGAAUACGUCAUCGGAUUCAAAUUGGUAUUAAAUUUGAUAUAUAAUCAUGGUGUGAUUUUUUUUUCCUAUAUAAAAGGUCAGUGAUUUCAAUAUAAACACUUUUUCUAUCAGAAGACAAUUUUGAAUUAUAAUUCAAAACUUAAAAUGAAUAUCAUAAACAUUUUAUUCUCUUAAAACUUGUUAAAUAAACCUAUUCAAUUUUUACACUC